AUGUUCGAACUGUCGUGGCUCAAACCUCACCUGUCGAUCGACUGGAGAAGGGCAGAAGCCACACGAGCCUCGGCGACGAGUUUUGAUUUCAAGUCAAUAGUAAGUAUAAUCGAGGUUCUCGACAAGAACCGAUCGAUGUUGACAAGAGUUACCAGUGAGAAAAAGAUUGAUCUAAUCGAGGACCGCCUUGGGGGCAUUGAAAAAUCUCUCCGAGAACUACUGAUUUCGUCCAGAGUGUCAACCGCACAUGGAUUGGCAUCCGAAAAACUUGCAGGCUCUUCUCAUCCACCGAGGUCGCUUGGAUUGAAUGCAGCUGGAUCAACUUCAGUCAAACCUGCAUAUACCGGGUCCAGAGGACCCGGAUACACAUCUAACCCCACAAUCGAACAACAUGACUCUAGCUCUGUAUUUGAAGGCGAGGGAAAUUCUUCUCUAGCUGCUCACUCAGCCUACGCAAGAGAGUUUCUAGAAUCGGCUGUCUCGCAUAGUACGCCAGAAGUGCUGUCUAGCCCCAAGAUCAGUGAAGCGCUAUCAUCACUGAGACAAAUUGUUGCGAUGCAAAAUAAACGACACAGCUUGGAUAAAAGAGGCCAAUUAUCCAGUAAAGGUAGUCGCUUGGGGGUUCGAUGCGAUAUUCGAGAUCUCGAAAUGCCUCCUUUACCUCUUGUGUUGUCGGUCUUGCGCAAGAUCAAAGAAAAUCCCCCGUCUUCUUUUGGUGGGUAUAUCCCAUUCUUUUCCGUGGACUAUUUUGUUGAGAAAUGCCAUGAGGUGUAUUUCUGUACCGCUUAUUCCGAUGCAACUUUCAUCGCCACUAAUUUUGGACUCUAUAAUAUCUUCAUCGAGCUAGGGUUUAUAGAAAAGGACCCUGCAAGUCGAGAUGAAUUCUUGAAAUGCUUAGGGCUGUGUAAGGAUAACUUGGAGGCGGCGCUGGCCAAUCUGAAUAUUUUGAUGCCUGCAACAUACGAUUAUAUUGUGUCAUUGACUCUUGGAGCGAUUCAUGGAAUCGAGAUUUCCAAGCCAUCAGUUGGCUGGACUCUUGCGUCGACGGCUAUUCAAAUGUGUCAAACACUUGGCUACCAUAGACUGUCCUCCAUGGAAAAUGAUCCACCAGAAGUGCAGCUAGAAAAGCAGGUGCUAUUCUGGUCAUGCUAUACCGUUUUGAAUAUGAUGUCUUUACGUCUAGGACGCGCAUCUGUGAUUCAAGACCAUGAGAUUGGCAUACCGGUCCCUUCAGAGUCCUUCACUAGCUCCCCGUCUAUAUGGGGCUCGGUAUGCGCACUGUGGACAUUACAGUCUAUUAUUCAGAACAAGAUCUACAUUCUAUUGUACAGUCCAGCGGCACUGAAAAACCCCGAGAGCGAGCGAGUCGCACAUGCUCGUAACUUAGCUGUCGAAAUGCAGUCAACAAUUAUCAAGCCAUUCGAGCGCCUCAUGUCUUCUGGAAUUACACUGCUCUCUGAUGCAGAUGUCGUUUAUCUCCAGUCAGACAAAGUCAGUAGGCUGUCGAUCUUGACCUUGAUCUACCGUGCUAUCCCAGCACGAGAUGUGUCAAAUUCUCCCAGUUCUUUCAUACCCGAGUGUAUCGAAACAGCCCGUGAGGCACUGGAACACCACCAAGUCUGCAUGACUGCUUUGAAAGAAUCAAGCGUGGCAUCCAAGUGUUCUUACAUGCAUUGGGCAAUAUUUAUCGCGCCGUUUGUCCCCUUCAUCGUCAUAUUCUGCCAUGUAAUCGCAACAUCUGACGGUAAAGACCUGUCCCUCCUCGAAGACUUCAUCGCCUCUCUCCGUCCUCUCUGCUCCUUCUCCCAAUCCGUCGAUCGGCUCCACAACCUCUGUUCAGUCUUAGGCUCAGUUGCGCGUCUAUAUGUUGAGGCCAAGACCCGAAGUCAGGCAGGCCAGGAUCAAAGCUUGGUCUCUGUGGGACAAGAGUUCGACGUCUAUCUUAGUGCAUUGGGCUUGGCACCUGGCUUUAGUCAGGGAUAUCCCCAAGAUGAUAUUCCUCCCCUGCAAUCUAUCCCUCCUGAUUCUUCAUCUCAAAUGGCUGGAUUGGCUUCGACUGUUCUGCCCCAGGGUCUCAAUCAGGAUUCUGCUACGGUGGAUAUGUCGCAGGCGGCACAGGCGGCACAGUUGGGAAAUUGGUUUUCUGGAAAUCAAUACAUGAUGAAUCUUUUGGAAGAAGAUUUUUUUCAGUUUAACGACAGUAAUUGA